GGCGUGUUUCCGUCGAUCGUAAAAAUCGAGGCUAGCUGACGCGCCUCCACAAUGCGUGGUCGGUCUUCAGCUUCAGCAUCAGUCGUCGUUGAACCCUCGUCUCGCGAGCAGCUACGACCGUCCGCUGAAUCGAAAGCGUCAACACAUCAGACGAAAUGGCUACCAUCACGAGGUUGUCGAUCAUAAAAUUCCUUGAACUUCUGUUGGUGUGCAUCCUCAUCGGAUUGCACUACAACUCCUUCAAUGCGGGAGAUCAACAUACCGCGAUGAUAACCAUGGGCACCUUUGGGGGAUACCUAAUUAUUCUGGUCGGCUUGUUUAUCGGCAGCGUGAUGGGAACACCGGUGAACCGCCGUGUGGAUCUCUUCUUUUCCCUCAUUGGAUGCGCUUUGUUCAUCGCCGCGGGCUCACUCAACAUCGACUACUUCCAUAAGCUGGUGCACAAGUCGGCGUUCCGCGAUACCGGCUUGGCUAAAGGCUCUCUCAGUAUUAUCGAGGGCAUCGUUUUUCUCGUGGACGCGUUCCUCACCUUUCGGGGAGAGAACUGAGAUCUGAAUCGCUUUUAAGUACAACGGGGGACUGCACGGCCGGCAAAUCAAUGUUAAUUACAUUCCGCGAUCGGCGGAAAUCUUUUCUAAUCUGUAAGGGAUUGGAUACUGCCAAAGAGUUUCCCCCGAAGGGAAACUUUCUUUUCAGCCGGGUAACCAAGUGUGAGCGGACGCGAGUGUUACGCGCAGCGUCGCGAAGUUCCGCCGAUUUCUCUGAAUUACGCGAAGCACGAGUUACAAAGCUUCGUGAAAUUCAUGACUUGUGCCAUUUGUUUUGCACUUCGCGCUAAAUGUCCGUUUCGUCGAGAUCUAUUUGCGUUUUUGCAACUCACUUAACUUUUUUGUAUUCUGAUUUAAAAUUCAGAAUUUUAAUAAGGAUAUUUAUAAGACACUUCUCUUAUCAGUAAAGAAAAACUUUGUAAACAGAAAUCGCUUUUGAGUAAUAAAUGUGACUUCGCGACGAUAUCUAAUUGAUGAUAGUACAAAGCGUGCAGGGAUCACAUAUGACAAUGGUAUAUACUGCAUAUUAUACGUAUAUAUACAUAAUAUAUUACUAUUAAUAAGCAGCAGUCCCUUCGUAGAAGCAGGCCAUUUGGUAUCAUAAUCAUUAAUAAUAAUGUACUGAUAUCGCACUCGUAAUUUUAAGUCAUGCUAUUCUGAGAUUUGACAAGUAGCGAUAAUAAGAAAAGGAAUGAUAACAUCAUGACAUUUAUAUAAGUCAUUUGAUUAUAUCUCGGCGCUGAAUAAAUUUGUUGUGCCCGCCGUCCUUUCAUGAGUAUUCGCAAAAUAUUUAUCUUUGAUUUGUAUGUUUUUACGCUAAGAUUUCAACAAUAAAGGAAAAUAAUGAACAAAAGGA